UUUUACAUCGACACGAUAUUAAUGAUGAUUGGAAAAGCGUCUAUGGUUGCAAUCAACUAUUUUGAUUGAAAAAAAGUGCAUUCAGUACACGUAUUCAAUGAAUUGGGACAUUUGUGUUGGGCUUUGAUUUGUUGCCUAGAUAAAACCCCCCAAGGGACACAGUGUUAAUCUAAAAAUAACACAAUAUGGAAGAAAAUACUGACAAAUCAACUGAAGAUGGAAAAGAUGAAUCCACUCCUGAUUCAACAAAAAACAGCAAUAAUGCUGAUACACAUGAAGAUGUGGAUUUGGGUGAUAUAUCACAGAUGGAUUCUGAUGCAAGAAACAAAUUAUUUGAAAGAGGUUUAGAUUUUGAGAAAUCUGGCAAAAAAGAUUGUGCUCUUAAAUGUUACCUCGGCUGUUUGACAUGUUUACAAGCAGAUAGUCAUUUUGUUCUUCUACCACAGUGCCUUAGAAAUAUUGCUGACAUUUAUUUUUCCAAAGAAGAAUAUGAAAAGGCCAUCCUUUUUAUACAGGCUGAAAAAUUAUUUUAUGAAAAUGCUUUAAUUGAUUCUACAGACAUACAGGAUACAUUAGAAAAAUUAAGACAAAGUGAAAAAGAUGACAAUAGUCCAAAGGUUGAUGAAAACAGUGUUCGUGCAGAUGAAUUUGAACAUUUAGCAAAAUUAUGUAUGGAUCAAAAUCAACCUCAUUUAGCAUUAGAGUAUGCUGGCAAAGCAACAAAAAUUCGACAACAGAUAUAUGGAAAUGACCACAAGAUAACUAAAGAUAGUCUGGAUUAUUUUGCAACACUUUAUGCAGAAGUUGGAAGAAAACAGUAUUCAGAUUCCAUGACUCAUCUGUCUCCAAAUACGUCCAGAAGAGAAUCAUUGACAAAUGUGUCUCCCCCCUCCAUUUUGCGUCAACGUAACAUCAUGGAAACAUCUGAUGAGAGAGAAAAGAAAUGUGUACGAUUUAAUGAACAUAUUGAAAGAAGAGUGAUAUAUGAAGACAAUUUACCAAGAAGUUUAACAGUUAUUGCCAUAUUAUUUGGUUUCAUUGUUUUUCUGAUCAUGGGAACUUGGCUUUUCUGUAUCAUGAGAAAUGAUCAUGUCUGCCGCUCUUUUUCAGCAGAAGUGCAAUAUAUUUAUACCAGACUACGAUAUCUUUACUAUCAUUAUACAGGUAACAAAGUAUAUAAAAAUUGAAUGAGCUGACCUCUGCUGAUUGUACAACAUGUACUGGUUGUUUAACUUAAGCUCAUAAAAUCAGUUUUAUUAUACUUGUAGUUCAUUUGUUUACAUCAGUCUAGGACAUGCCCUACAUUGUCAAUGCCGCACAAAAAAAUAAGAGUUUUGUCAAGAUUGUUUCUUUUAGGAGAAAUGGACAUCAAUUGCACCUCUAAAACAUUUUUAUUUUAGUUUGUCAUUAAUGAAAUAAUUAGAGUAUUCUCUAUGUUUUUAACUGGUAAUGAAAGAAAAACUAGGGUAUUAUGAAUAUUUUGUCAACCAUUUAAGAUUUACAGACAAAAAUCAAGCAUGUUGUAUUGAUAAUGAAUAAAAUUGUUGCAUGUCAGUACCAAAUAGUUGUCAAACUCAACAUAAUCAUGUGUAGUAUCAGAGUAAAUAUUUAGAAUAGGAAUUUAAAUUAUAAUAGACCUGUAGUACUUACAUUUGGAUCCAGGCAAAAAUACAUUUCAUAGAUAGUAUUAGUGACUGUUGAAAUGUGGUUUAAUGUUGUGUGUUUCCAUUUUCAUUUUUUAAAGUAUCAAUUAUGACAAAUAUUUAGUAUGCAAAUCAACACAGGGCAUAAGUGGUUUUUUUAGUUGAUAUAUGGUAACUACGUUUAUUUUGAUAUAUGUUUCUAUGAAUUUUAAAGGUAUUUUUUUUAUUAUUUAUAAUUUUAAAAAGUAAAUUGUAUGGAAAGCCAAGACAGAUGUUUAGUUGUGAUUCAUUUAUAGCUAGAUUUGUUAUACUCUGAGUUUUUGUAAUAUUUAUUUACACCUUAGAAGUUCAAAUAAAUCAAAAUAUUAGCAAAAUAUUGUCAUCUGAGCACCAGUUUGUAAUGCUGUUGAUGAAAUUCUGAUUUUGGUGAAAGAACCUUUAAUGUCUUAGUAAUUAAUCUAUAUUUUAAACCAUGUCAGUGUCAAAUGUUUUGUUUAGAAUUUGAAAGAUAUGAGAAAAUGGAAAGAGGUUUCAUCUGAUGGACUAAAAUAAAUUAAUCAUUUCAUUUUAACUGCAUGUAUUUAUGUAUGUGGUGGAAUUGUUGUAUUGUAUAUUCUAGUAUUUAUAUAAUUAAUAUCAUUAACCCAUUGUCAGAUAUCUACAUAUAACUACAACUAAAAAUUAUACCUAUCUCUUUACUCAAAUUUAUCUUAGAGGAGGUUACAUGAACACUAAGAAUGUCAGUUUAAAUUAUGUGAAGCCAAUUUGUAACAGGCUUAAGUAAAUAUUUAUAUUUUAAAUUCUUUACAUCUGUUUAUAUCUCAAAUUGCUAUCCUCUUUUGCUGAUAACAGACUUUCAGAUUCUAUAAACAAUUUUCGUUGUGUUGAUGAUAUGGCUUUACAUUUCACAUCUUAUUAUAGGUUGGAUUUUAUAACAGUAUAUGUUUAACACAUACUUGAGAUGAUUCUCGUAACAAAAACAAAAGCUAUGGAUAUGAAAUUUUUUAUGUGAAAGUAACCAAUAAUAUAAACAUUGAGUCAGUUUUAAUCUAGUAAAUGUUAUUUAUGUCAACAACUGAUGCUUUUCAAUAACCUCCUUUUUGAUCAGAUGAAAGAAAAUAAUAACAUUUGAACUUCCUGAAUAACUCAACUGAGAGAUGGUAUUGGGAGUUCUGAAAAGAAUAGAAUAUAUACUCUAAUUCUUGCAUUGCACCAGUCAUUACUUACAGCUAAAUAACAAUACCUGUACAUCAGAAGCCCAAGAGAGUUAUGUUUUCAUAAAAAUGACUUCAUUACCACAAUUAAAAAAACCCAGCCUUUUUCUAAUACACUGGAUUUGAGUAAAUAGAUAAAAGGAGUAUAUAGAUAUUUGAUAAUGUCAUUAUAAUGUUUUUGCUCACUUUCUAAUAUUAUAAAAGGCAGCCAAUGAUUGUAAUUUAACUAUGAUUUAGUUGUUUUAUAUAUAGUGUUCUAGCUAAGCUUCUAUACCAAUAAAAGAUUGGCAAUAUCUAUGAUGACUUAUGUGAUAAUUUAUUUAGCUGCAUGAACAAAUAGCAGUGUUUUAUUAUUUAAUUUGUAUAAUAAUGUUUUUGUAUUUAACGCAAUGUUUCUAUUGAUGAAAUUAGUUGAUUAAGUGUUCAUAUUACAAAUUAUGUUUUUAUCAUAAUAUUUUAUACUAAUGGUUGAUAAUAAUUGAAUGUGAUUGUUUGUAAUUAAAUAUUAAUCUGUUGUAUUGUGAAGCUGUCCCAAAUUGACAAAGUCAGGAAUCUCCAGUAUGUCAUCCAAUUGUUUUUUGUAAAGUAUACAGUACUGGUAUGUCCAAUAUUUGCAUACAUGUAUAGAAAAUAGAUCCAUCAUGUUCGUAUAUGUUAUAACUUGUCCAUGACAAUCUACGUAUUACCUAUAAGUUUGUACCAACUGUAUUUUUGUGACAUGAAAUGUUGGUUAUGUUUUGUACUUAUUUUGAUGAAAAUUUAGUGUAAACAUGAUAUCAUUAUGUUUAUAAAUGUGACUAUUUUAUUGUCCAGGACCCUGUUGAACAAAGCACACUUCAGACUUGCAUACAUGUGAAUUAAAUAUUUUACUAUAGAGCUCUAUUGAACGUAUGUGUAUGUCAUUUGAUGUAAGCUUGGUAUAACAGGCUCCUGCAUGUUAAGUCACGGGUACUUAGCUGAAUUUAAAUCGGUACCAAGUUUAUGAUGUAAAGAAAAUGUCUACCUAAUGCAAUAGAAAUAGUUUUUGUGAAGGGAUAGAUAUUGUAACAGCCAAAUAGAGAAUAAGGCUUAUUUCAAAAAGAAUACAAUUAUUUUCAAAUAUGCUGGUAUAUUUGUUUACCUAUUUUAUGCAUAAGGUAAUGUAAACCAUCAAAUGUAUAUUAAAAUGUUUACAAAGGUGAUUGUUGAUUAUUACAGAAAAAACGAGUUUGUCCAAUCUGCUUUUCUAAGGAUAGAUAAUUUGAAGAAACUAGAAGAAUACAAGUAAACAAUAAUGUCUCUUUCAAUGUUAUGGUUCCUACUUGAAUUGUGAUAAGAUCAGUAUUACCUAUUGUAUAUUAUUGUUUGUAUAUUUAUUACUAGGUUAUCCCAUUGAUAUCUGGAGAAAUAAAUGAAAUACAUUACAUGUCACCAAUGAAUAAGAGUGUUUUGACCCUUUAGAGUCUCUGUCAUUUGAGAGGUUGUUAAAUCUCUAAAAGGAAUAUCAGUCCAAAUUAAGGUUGAACUCCCUUCGGUAUUUACAAAGAUAUAAUUAAUUAAAAAUUUGUCAACAUUCAGCAUAGUCAUCACAAGCCAGCACUACCUACGACUUUCACUAUCUUUUUAUGGGCCUCUUAUUAAUUCAACUGAAUUCAAAUUGAAAAGUUAUCUGCUGCUGAUACUUUGAUUUUGUUUUUUUAAUUAAAUGUUACAUAAUCAAUGUGAGUACAUAUUUAGCUUGAAUUAGGAUGAGGAAAAUUCAAUAUUUUUUGAAAAUGCAAAUGCCAUACAGAGACUUUAAUUGAUGUUUGAUGAGUAACAUUAAUGUUUAUAAAUGAUUAGUUACUUCUUCAAAAAAUAUUUCCAUUUCUAAGCAAAUACUGAAUUUGUUACCUGUCGACUUGAGAAUCUCAAGCAUAUGGUGUUUACAAAUUCUGUAAUACAUUUGUUAAAAUUAUAUGCAAACACUCUAUUACAAUUAAUUAAUCAGACUAGAAUAAAAGUGUUUUUUGCUGUUUCAAAUUAUAACAUAGUGAUACCUGCUAAAUUUCCAAACAGGUUGCCCAUUUUUCCCAUCUGGACAAUAGUUACAAAUAAAUAUAAGUUGUGAAAUCGGCAUGCUUCAAUGAUACCCAAAUUCACCAGUAGAAAACACAACUUAACAAUGAUAUUGUCAUUCUCCUUGUUUUAUCCUGUGAAUGUCUACUGUCUUUGAAUGUAAUCAGCACUAAGUGCGAAUAACUAUUAAUAGAAGAGUCAGACAUGACAGUGUAUCUAUGGGAUAGCUAUGUAAUUUUGUUAUGCUGUAGUACAGUAUUAUAUACAGCUGAUCGGGUGAUGCAAUCAUUACUUAAUACAUUUAUAAAUUAUUUACAUUUAAUGAACCAAUGAAAUUUUGAUUUUCCUGUCAAGGGGUAUAGUGUUACUAAUAUUUAUUUAUGUUUGAAUAAAAAAAAAAGUUUUCAUCGAA